UUUUUUUACCACCAAGUUAUCGUUCGAGAAUUUAGAGGGAUCUUUGAAACAAAAAUCCCGUAUUUAACGAGAUAAAUAGAGUACGUGUGAAGAAUAUUGACAUUGGGCGGGAACUGUACGAACGAACCCUCCACCACCACCAACCGCCACCCAAAUGGCGUCUUCUGAGACACUCCGGCACUGCGGAACCGCUGCAACUAUUGAUAUCAUCGGCGAAGACCUUCUUCACAACAUCUUCUCCAGACUUCCGGCAACCUCUUUCGCCUCCGCCGCUUGCGUCAACCGCUCCUGGAACCUCGUCUGCGAACGCGUCCUUUCUCGUCCGAAGCUCGCCUCCGCAUGUUCCAGUAACGAUUCACUCGAGGUUGCUGUAAAAGAUGUGGUGGAUAAAGUACUAUCGGAGCCUAUUCGUCCUCAUUUUGCCAUUGCUUCUAUUGGUAACUCAUUUAUUCAGGAUUACGAUGUGGAAGAAUCUUUGGAAGAGGCUCACUACCUCAUUACUAAAUCAUUAGGCAGCAAUAUUCCGGUUAUUACUAAUAGUACGUUGGGAAUAAUCGGAAGGGAUAAGUUUUCUGAUGAAUUCAAAGAGGCUCAGUGGAGACGCGGCGAAGAAGAUAAUGCAAUCAUAUUGACUGUUGGAUUUCUACCAGGGAUCAAAGUCACAACAAUACCACUUUUAAUGAAGAAUCCGAUAACUUUUAUGAUGAAGAAAUUUAUAACCGACAUUAGGGAGUUCUCAACUUCUGUUUCAGGGUGUUCAUCCCCCGCUGCCAUAAUGAUGUUCGCUGACCAGUACCGUGUAGGCCUGAUCGAUGUAGCGGAAAAGAUGGGUUAUGCAAUGUCACAAAAAACUGUCAUUGUUGGUGAUUAUUCCUCUCCGUUCCGAUAUUUGAACUGUCCUGAUGCUUGGUCUGUUGGUGCUGCCUUGGUAUUUGCGGUGGAUAGGAAUAAACCUUCUGGUAUAGGAGAAACUCGGUUUCAUGCUGUGUUAUCAAGUGGAUUAUCACCUGUAGGCCCCACAUAUGAGGCAGCAUCCGUUCUUGAGAAAAGCAAUUCAAUUUGGAUCUCGGCAAGAAGAGAAGGGUGGGGACAGAAUAUUGACGCUGAAACUAUUCGGAAUCAAGUUUAUGAUCAACUAGGAGACCGAAAUCAGAACCGUAAACUUUACAUUGGGGUAACUAAAAAAGGAAAAUGCGGUCAAGAAAAGGUUGGACGCAUGACGUCUCUUGCAUUCUAUGAAGUUCGUAGGAAUAACAGGAAGUAUUUUUUUGUUUCUGAAAAGGGCGUCAAUUUGGGCGAUACAUUCCGCUUUUACCACUUAGAUUCUACCGCUGCUCGAUCUUCAGUCACCGCUAUCUCUAGCCAUCUGAGAUCUUUCAACAGAAGGAGCAACAACACCACUGGAGGUGACAAGCAGGAGGUGUUUGGCGGUCUUAUAUUCAGUUGUUGUGGUGCGCGGUUCUUUGGCGGACCAAACAUUGACAGCUCACCGUUUUUGGACAACUUCCCUGGUGUGACACUUGGGGGCGCAUUUUGUAGGAGGGUAAUUGGACGUGGUGUUUUAACCCUGUAUGCUAAAGAAUCCCAAGAACAAAAGGCAAUGCAAUGUCGCGUGCAAGCUCGCGGUGGUGUCUACUUUAUCAUGUCGUACCAUCAAUGAAAAAGGAAUUUAUGUGGUUUUUGUGUUGCGAUUUGGCGGGAAAGAAAGGAUAGACAUGAUGAACCAAAUGAAAUUGUUUAUCGGGAAAUUGUUUUUUUUUU